UCGCGCGGGCUUCUGGGUGAUUGUUGUAUGCGGUGCGAGAGCGCGCGCCGCUCGCUACCGCGCGGUCGCAGUUGGGGACACAAUGCAGAGGUGUCUGCUCUCUGCCUCCCUGAGGCGCGCAAGCGCGACCUCCUUGAGAAGAUGCGCGCAACGACAGAGCCUGCUUCCGUGUGUCCAUGUGGCGUCGUCGUCAACGCCACGUGGCUAUGCCACGGUGGCCUCGUCUGAAUCCUCCCCGCCCGCCUGCUCCUCCUCCCCCUGCUCUCCUUCCUCUUCCUCAUCCAGUCAAUCAGCGCGUCUCUCCAGCCAUCAGCCGUCGUUCGCGGAGCGCGCGAAGAAUGCCAGAGGUUAUGCGAGCGCGGCGGCGGCGGCGGCGGAGCCCGCGAAGGCGGCCCCCCCGCCGCCCGCGUCCGACACCAUCGACGUGGAAGUUGAUGGGCAUCCAGUCACGGUCCCUAAGGGGGUGACAGUGCUGCAGGCGUGUGACGUGGCAGGCGUCGAGAUCCCGAGGUUCUGUUACCAUCAGCGGCUCUCCAUAGCCGGGAACUGCCGCAUGUGCCUCGUGGAGGUGGAGAAAUCUCCCAAACCGGUGGCUUCUUGCGCGAUGCCCGCCAUGCCAGGGAUGAAGAUAAAGACCUCCACCCCUCUCGUCAAGAAGGCAAGGGAGGGGGUGAUGGAGUUUCUCCUCCUUAAUCACCCCCUAGAUUGCCCUAUCUGCGAUCAAGGCGGCGAGUGCGACCUGCAAGACCAGGCGAUGGUGUACGGAAGCGACAGGGGGCGCUUCACGGGGUACAAGAGGUCCGUGGAGGACAAGAACUUCGGGCCCUUGGUGAAGACGGUGAUGACCCGAUGCAUCCACUGCACGAGGUGCGUGCGCUACGCGACGGAGGUCGCGGGAGUGCAGGAUCUAGGCGUCACCGGUCGCGGUCGGGACUCGGAGAUCGGGACCUAUAUCGAACGGAUGCUGACGAGUGAGGUGUCUGGGAACGUGAUUGAUCUUUGCCCCGUUGGCGCGCUCACGUCGAAGCCUUUCGCCUUCACGGCGCGCAAUUGGGAAUUGAAGAGCACCGAAUCCAUCGAUGUCACCGACAGCAUCGGAGCAAGCAUCCGAGUUGAUACCCGAGGAUCGGAGGUCAUGCGCAUUCUGCCUCGCCUCAACGAGGAGGUUAACGAGGAAUGGAUCACGGACAAGGCACGGUUUUCUUACGACGGUCUGAGGCGCCAGAGGUUGAUUGUCCCGAUGGUAAGGUCGCAUGACGGCCUUCUGGAGCCAUCGAACUGGCCAGAUGCGUUUAAUGCCAUCGCAGCGGCUUUGCACGGUGUAUCUGGCGGCGAGAUGAAGGCCGUGGCGGGAAAGCUGGCCGAUGCUGAAUCGAUGAUUGCCUUGAAGGACUUGAUGAACAGGCUAGGGUGCACGAAUCAUGUAUCUGAGGGAGAGGCCGUGGAUGCGGAUAUCAGGUCGCAGUACCUGUUCAAUUCUAGGCUCAGUGGGGUUGAGGAGGCGGAUGUCUGCCUCCUGGUGGGAACGGACUUGAGGUCCGAAGCCCCACUGCUUAACUUGAGAUUGAGGAAGGCUGUAAUCAGUGGAAGAUUGAAGGUGGCAAGCAUUGGUCCGGCUCAAGAUCUGACCUAUGCACACGAGCACCUUGGAACUGGGGCCAGCGCAUUGAGGGAUUUGGCAGAGGGUAAUCACGAGUACCUUUCAGUGCUGAAGGGUGCGUCCCGACCUAUCGUUAUUGUUGGUGCUGGAUUGAUGCGCCGCCCAGACAAGGAGAGUCUGUUGGUUGCCGUCCAGCGAAUCACUGAGCAGGCAAGGAUUGUCCGAGACGGGUGGAAUGGAUACAACAUGCUUCAUCUCUCGGCGGGCCGCGUGGCAGCUCUUGACAUAGGUUUUGUGCCAGGACCACAAGCUGCAGAGAACAAGACACCAGCAGCGAAGUUUGUCUACCUGUUGGGUGCCGAUGAUAUCGAGGCGGGGGAUAUUGCAAAAGAGGCAUUUGUUGUUUACCAGGGUCAUCAUGGCGACAAGGGGGCAAGCAUGGCCAAUGUUGUCCUUCCAGGAGCUGCCUACACUGAGAAGGAAGGCACCUAUGUCAACACGGAGGGACGAGUGCAAAUGACAAGGCCUGCCGUGCCUGUAGUCGGCAAUUCCAGGGAUGAUUGGAAGAUAAUUCGGGCACUCUCUGAAGUCUUGGGGAAGAGGCUGCCAUAUGAUUCUGUGAGCGGAGUGCGGCAAAGGCUUGCAGAGGUGGCUCCCCAUCUCUCGCGUGUUGACAGUAUUGAGCCAUCGGUGUGGCUGAAUGGAGAUGCGCUUGCGCACUAUCAUGCUUCUGCUCUUGCGGAUACGCCCUUUGAAAAAGUGGUUGAUAACUUCUAUAUGACGGACCCGAUCAGUCGUGCAUCGCAGACCAUGGCCAAGUGCACUGCCGCUCGGAAGAAGGAGGUCGCGGAGGGGCGGUUACCUCAUCUCUGAGGAAGUAAGUCUUUGGACUCCAGCUUGAGCUUGUGUACGCAGUCCAGUUGUCCGAACGAACGAUCGUUGCUGUGGAAAGAGGUGCUGCUGUUGUCUGUGCUGUGCAGUUGCUGUGCUCGAUUGUCUCCACCUUAAUCACCUCCCUAGAUUGCUGGACCCGAUUUCCAGCAGGUGCAGCUCCCCACCAAUCGAUGGAGCCUUCAACGCUGGGCCCCACUUAACGGGGCUGCUGUUCAAAAAAAAAAAAAAAAAAAAAAAAAAAAAAACAGUACGCUCGGCAUGGGGGGAUGCACCCCAGCACGUUCAUGGGGUGCAGAAACGAACGGAUUAGUUACGAUCUUGCUCGAGACCUGUGGAAUGCGAUGAUGUCGAAAUGUGGCAAGAGUUGAGUGAAUUCCAUCUCUUGGGUGCUAGGGUGGCUCCAUGUUAGGGAAACUGAAAAAAUAGGGUUUCUACUGGUGCUGCCGAGAUGAGCAGAAAGUGGUGGGUGGAUUGCCUCCAUCAUGUAUGGGUGGGGAUAAGAAAUGAAACAGGAAUGCAGAGGUGCCCUUAAACUAGGUCAUGUUUACCAAGUCUAUUUGAUGUAUAGUAUCAUGUUUUCUUAAAUGACUGACUGAUAGAAGCCUUCCCAUGUUGUUGUAGUCUGGCAGUUGGCUUUCGUUGUUUUAGUUCCUUUACUCCCGGGAACUCCGGAUCCUCCUUCUUGGUUGCUUGUUUACUGCGAUUAUGAUGAUGAUGAUGAUGAUGCUGAUGAUGACGAUGACGAUCCGUUAUAUCUUCGUGGGUGCCCAUGGGAAGGUAGUGAGGGGAAUUCUUGUUGCAUGAGUGUUUGCUUGUGUUUGUUUCAUGUUGCAGAUUAGAGGGGAAAUAGGCCGAGGACUGGGAGGGGAAGAGAUGGACACAGUGGCAUUGAGGGACUGUGUGAUAGCGAGAAACAGCUGGACGAAGGGAGAUGGUGGGAUAGAGCUUGGUUGUUGUCAAGAGAAGCGUGGAGGAAAAGGGAGGGGGGGGGGAGGUUGAUAUGGAAGACAUUUGAUGUCCCAGCAGGGGGUAGUACAUGCGGUAUAGCUGGGGUUCUCUCCAUCGCUUAUCACCAAAAGUUGUAGCCUAUUAUGCAGAGGAUGAACAUGCAAGGUGCCACUGGUGGUGAUGUCCUGGUCAGAUAAGAGAAACUGGUGUUAGGCUUGGGUGGGUUCAGAGAAAGGGGCAACGUACGUGUGCAGCAACUUUGACUUUGUCGCUAGUGACUCAUAACGAGGCUGUUGUGUAGAGAUUGCUUCACAAAAAAAAAAACAAAAAAAAAAAACAGGUCAGUAAGAGAUUAGGCAAGAAGGGUAAUUCAGGAUUAUAAUGAACUCCAGAAGAAUCAAGAGGACCAGACUCACUGUUAUUCUAUCAGGGGGCUAUGCCUCACACCCUGUUUUGUCAACUAGGCCCUUCCUUCUAUAAAUGGUCGCGAGUCAUCUCGUAGGGAGGAUGAGUGGGUUGCUGUCUGAUCAGGGGGGCAAGUUGGUGGGAAAUGCUCCUCGGUUGAAGGAUGAGACUGACAUUUUUUUUGGGGGGGGGGGUUGUCCAUAGGCUUAUAGCAGCCAAGUCAUCUUACAGCAGGGAGGUGCAACAAAUGCAGGUGGGGAAGGAGCAAUUACUUGCUCCCACAUUAGAAGAACAGGCGAUUCAGGAGACUGUUCAAUCAGAUGCAGUUGUUCACAUGUAAGGAAAGAAUGUCCAGAAUGCCCAGAAUGUUCAGAAUGACCAGAUUCAGGAUUUAGAAAUGAAGGAAGGAGAGGAGGAGAUUCUCGCAGAAGAAGAAAGAACAAUUGAACAAAAAUCACAUGGGAGGCAAGCUUUGACAGCAGGAUCCAACCAAAAUGCAGCAUCACCAUCUUCAUCUUCAUCCCACAGUUCUUCUCAACCAUCUUGGGCGCAAGAAGUCAGGGCCUCUCUUGUCGAUAAAACGCUCAAUAUCAA